CGCGCUCAUCGUGGAGCAGCUCAAGAGCCGGGGCCUGUUCGACAGCUUCCGCCGGGACUGCCUGGCCGACGUGGACACCAAGCCAGCUUACCAAAACCUGAGGCAGAAAGUGGAUAAUUUUGUGUCAACACAACUGGACAAGCAGGAAUGGAACCCUACGAUGAACAAAAACCAGCUGCGAAACGGCCUGAGGCAGAGCGUGGUUCAGUCAGGGAUGUUGGAAGCUGGAGUGGACAGAAUUAUUUCUCAGGUGGUGGAUCCCAAGCUAAACCACAUCUUCAGGCCACAGAUAGAACGAGCAAUUCAUGAGUUCCUGGCAGCCAAGAAAAAAGAAGCUGUGCCCGCACCCCCUCCGGAGCCAGAGAGCCAGGACCCCGCAGCCCCAUCCCAGGAUGCGCCCUAAGCUCCGAAUGUGCCUGACGUCUUUUGGAAGCUCCAUUGAAUAGUGAUAAAGAAGUGGAUUCAGUUCAUAGCGAUACAGCUUCAGAGUGAAGACGGGCGAAAGUCGUCGCUGGCUUCACCUUUGACUUUGGAGCGGGGUCCACACUGAGCGGGGGCGAGUUUGGCAGGAGGAAAGCUGACCUGUGUGCCCCUGCCAUCUGGCCAGCCUGUCUGAGGGGCUGACACCAGCAGACACUACAGAGAACUAAAACACUACAUCAACCUGGGGUUGUCCCAAAACAAACCUUUGUACUUGAAUCAGGAGACUGCAUGUGGAUUUUAGGGGUUGUGCUUGGGGAUAAACAAAGCUACGGUGAGGGAACGUGCAGUCCCAGAGUUGCAGUUCCUGAGGGCUGAGAGUGGCAGUCAGGGUCAGUGGGGCAGGGCUGGGACUGCUUAUUUGUUUCUCAGAGUGCAGACUGGACGGUACAAGCCGUUAGCAUCAAUAGCUUUAAAGGUGUUGUGACCCUUCCCUCUUGUUUGUGAAUUCUGUAGUUGCAGUGUCCUUUCCCCGAAAAGGCGACAAACACGGGGCCCUAGGAUGCUUGAGGAAGCUCAGACACUAGUAAAAGGAAGCAUUUGCGGGCUCUCUGCCCAGGGCUGCUUCCUACUUUGCAAGCAGGAAGUCGUGGGUGUGUUUAUUUUAUUCUCAUGUUUGUGUUUUUUUAGAAAAGUGAAUGAUCCAUAAAUAGCCUCAGUUUUAUAAUAAAAUCAUUUGAUACCCUUACUCUGAA